AUGCAGGGCUCUCUUCUUCUCGCUCUCGGUGCCUUGAGCACCAUGGCUACCGCCUACGACCUCCCCGACAACCUUAAGAAGAUCUACAACGACCACAAGUCUGGUACCUGCAGCAACAAGCUCUCGGGCACCUUCACCGGCGGCGCUGCGUACUGCGGUGACAUCAGCAACGUCAUCUACCUCAAGGGCGGCAAGGGCAACUACGACAACAUGGAUGUGGACUGCGACGGCGCCAACAACAGCGGCGGUGACUGUGCCAACGAUCCCAGCGGCCAGGGCGAGACUGCCUUCAAGGACACCGUCAAGGGCUACGGCAUUGGCGACCUCGACGCCAACAUCCACACCUACAUUGUCUUUGGUAACGAGGGCGGCAAGACCACCUUCAAGCCCCAGGACCACGGCAUCAAGCCCCUCUCCCUCAUGGCUGUUGUUUGCGGCGGCAAGCUCCACUACGGUAUCUGGGGUGACACCAACGGCGGCACUUCCACCGGCGAGGCUUCCAUUGCCAUGGCCAAACUUUGCUUCCCCAAGGACGGUCUCAACGGCAACAAGGGCCACGAUGAGAAGGACGUCAUGUACAUUGCCUUUUCUGGCAAAGAUGCUGUCCCCGGCAAGGAUGGCGCCAAGUGGAAGGCCAAGAACCAGAAGGAGUUCUCCGACUCGCUCAAGACUCUUGGUGACAAGCUUGUCAAGGGCCUGUAA